AUGGCAAGUAAAUUUACACCACCGCCGGUUUUUGAUGAAAAAAAGAGUUGGAUUGACUACAAAAAGGAGAUUAAAAUAUGGCAAGCGUUGACAGAUUUACCGGCGAAGAAGCAAGGUCCUAGUUUGUAUUUAUCUUUGAGCAGAAAAGCGAGGGAGGCAGCGUUAGAGAUUGACAUAGAAGAGCUUAAGAAAGAUACUGGCGUACAAACCAUUUUAGAGCGAUUGGAUAAAUUGUAUUUACAAGAUACUAACCAAAGUGCAUACAUAGCGUAUCAAAAUUUUGAGAGUUUUAAGCGACCAGAGAGCAUGCCAAUAAAAGAGUACUUGAUUCGGUUUGAACAAUUGUAUACGAAGAUAAAAGAUCACAACAUGACCCUACCUGAUGGCGUAUUGGCAUACCGAGUGUUAAAUUCUGCAAAUUUAAACCAGGAAGAAAUAAAAUUACGCUGA